GAAGAUUUCGAUGUUUGCUGGUUCGAUAUUUGGUGAUUGCAUUAGGCUUGCCGGUGAUUGUAGAACGCAUACCAAGAAGGAACUCGUACCACCUGCUCCGCUAAUUUGACUGCACUGAGCGUGUUUUAAACUGCAAAGCAUUCAGCAAAUGCCAACUUUCCCUCGCAUGUAUCCUAUCCUGUCCUGCGUCUACGAAGAAGAGCAAACCAAGCUCUUGAGUGCGGUAGGGUUGAAGUUGAGAGGCAGAUCAUUGAAUACGAUUUGCAGAAGAGACAAUCGACAGCCGAGGAAAUAGCAAUGGCACCUUGGUCUCAAAUAGUCGGGCCGUUCUCCUUCCAUUUUGCCGUAAACUGUUGCAAGACUAUGGUGGGCGCAGGUCUUGUUGGCUAUGGUGUCGCCUUGGCUGCUACGCCUGUUGACGAGCUCAGUGAGGUGGGCGAUGAAGACGAAAAAGAAACCACUCAUACUCCGGAUGAUUCUGGAAGAAUGGCACAGAAAACAGAAGUUGGCGGCAGUGGUAGCAAUGGUAACUAUCCAUCUACAAUACUGGUUCGAAAAUACGUGAAGAUCGCAGUGACGAUUGGAUUCGGGCUGUUCCUGUCCCUGCCGUCAUUAAUGUCUCAGAUUGUAUGGGAAACUAUGAUUCCCGGAAUCACCGCUACCGACAUCGUAUACGACGUAAGCACUGAAAAUGUAAGGGGCAUGAUUCCAAAGUGGAGCGAGAUAAUUAAAAAACCGACGCUACCUGGUCUCGGUGGCUUGAUUGGAGGAAAAGAAGGACGAGGGGGACAACAAAUGAAAACAAUAACUACGAUUGAUUCAUCGAGAAACGAGGGCUCUUUAUAACAUUUUACAAUAAUUCCUGUCGAAAGAUCGAUAUGGUCCUUCGCUGUUGGGAUAAUAUAAUUCAGACAAAAAUAAUAUAUAUAUAUAUAUAUAUAUAUAUUGAUGAUUGAAUCACUGAAAAACUACAUAUCUCUUAUGUUAUUGAUAAAAAUGCAUAGUGCUACAUUUGCGUGUCGACUGAACAAUGCAUUUAAAGCUGCAUGCCCAAUCCAACUUCAUCAAAGCUCUUCGUCGUCGAUCGGAGUAAUCACGUGGACUUGCUGAAUCCCGGCUUGUCGCUCGAUUGUGUGAUCGCUGUAUACAUUGUUUUCUUUGUCUUUGAAUCGGAACACGUGACCAUGGUAUGAAUUGAGAAACAAGGAUCUUCCAGAUUCCACGGAUCCGACGGGCACUUCCUCGAUUCCAUCGUUGCCGAUCCAAUAGACGUCGACCGUGCCAGAGGCGGUGUCGCCGUCGCUCGUGAACGUAAUCGACACUUCGUUGCUUGAUUUGGCCUUCGGGACUCUGCCGUCGAGUGCGUCGAUUCGAUCGAGCUCUUCGUCGGUCAACGAAAACCGGAAACUGUUGCGGAGAUUACCCUCUUGGCGACCCGGAUUGGUGGACGCUGGCAAAACGGAGAUCCCGUGGCGGGUAGUUGCCCAAUUCACUACGACCUGACCAACAUCAGCGCCAACAUCACCGUGGGCCUCAGCAAUUUCUUGGAGCACGGGGUGGUUCAUGACAGGAUUUUUUGAAUGCCCCUUGUGGUGGUGCCAUUGAGUCCCCAGGCUCGAAUACGCUUGGUACAAUAUGCCAUGGCUCUGUAUUCUGUCUCUCAUGCGUUUGUCUUGGUGAAAGGGGUCCAUCCAGUUCUGUAUAAUGUGAGGCUUGAUUCUUUGGGAGAGAAGCUCAUCCAGCAAGUCAUCGGAAACAUCGCAGAUUCCAAUCGAAUGAGCGAUGAUUCCAUCAUCGUAUAACUCUUCAAGAGCCUUCCAUGAUUCUUGCCAAGUUCCUUCUGGUUCUUUCGUGCAUGCACCUGUCCAGCAGUGUGGUUUGUGAAUCAAGACAGAAUCAAUUGUUCGCACCUGGAGUCUUUCUAAUGAUUGAUACACUGCUCUCUUCGUUGCUUCGUAUCCAAGAUCUUCCGGGUGGACCUUCGUUUGUAUGAAUAUUUCUUCGUCAAUGUUAUCAUCCAUAAAUUUCUUGGCUGCCGUACCGACUUCGUCUUCGUGGUAACCCCAAUUGUAGCUCUGAGCCGUGUCUAGAAACCGGUAACCUAUCGAUAGGGCCCUCGAGACAUGCUCUCGGCGUACUCCACUAGCACAGCCCAAACCCACCAAUGGUAUUUUUUUUCCAUUGUGCAAAGCUCCUGUAGGAACGUCCAUCGUAUCGUGGCUGUCCGCAUCGGUUGCUCUUUGCGAAGACGAAGACACUUUCGCUGUUGCCACCAAACACAAGAGAAAGAGGCAGGCGAAACUGUUACAAGUGACUGUCAUUGUGAUAUAGUGCCGUUUCUUUGCAAAUCACUUAUCGCUUGAAUACUUUCAAAACCUUAACCGUUCUUGGAGCAGUUCAAUUCAAUACAGUGAGCAGUUGGGCUUGAGCCUUGAAUAUUCGAUACGUCCUUUCUGGAGUCUAUGACAACGAUUUUCCUAAUGGGAAGAUCUCGGGAAUGAAAGAAGCACCUGUCCCUUCAUGUCGAAGAUUCAUUCAUGAUUUUUUCUUCAAAACUUUUUGUUAAAUAUAUCCUAUCUACCCUAUGUACUAUAAGUAAAUAUAGUAAGUAUGU